CAGCUUACGUUCGGCCAUAGCAACUGGCACUCCUCGAAUUGUGCAUCAAUCAACUCCUUGGGACAUAUUUAACACCGGCGGUCCUCAUUGAAUAUGGCAAAUAAUGUGGUGGGAAAUCCUCGGCAAAUCCAGAGCUUAUCUUAUCGCCCCAUUCAUCAUAGCUGUCAAGUCGUCAGCCUUUCCCCCAACCUCUCUUCCUCUCUCAUAACACCUUGCCAGUUCUACAUAUCCUGCAUAGCUUCAAUUCUUCGACCCCCAACAGUAGCGCUGAAUCUACAAUUAUGGCUACACCAAAAUUUAAUUCCAAGUCGCCCACUAUAAAACGCAUUCUUCGCGAAGCUCAAGAACUAGCCAGCGCCCCCUCCCCUGACUUCCACGCUGCGCCCGCCUCUGAUGCCGACCUCUUCGACUGGCACUUCACCUUGCGUGGGCCCCCUUCCUCCGCCUUCUCAAGCGGCAUCUAUCACGGGCGCAUCGUAUUGCCACCUACCUACCCUCUCCGCCCGCCCUCCUUCCGGUUCCUCACACCCAGCGGACGCUUCGAAGUCAAUCGCGAGAUCUGCCUGAGCAUCAGCGGGCACCACGAGGAGACGUGGAUGCCAGCGUGGGGCGUCCGCACUGCGCUGGUGGCGCUGAGGAGCUUUAUGGAGACGGAUGUUAAGGGCCAGCUAGGUGGGAUGGAGUGUAGCGUUACGGAGAGGGAGAAGAUAGCGAAGAGUACGCCCGGGUGGAAAUGUAGUGUGUGUGGAAAGACAAAUGGGGAGAUUAUGAGGGAAGCCGCGGAGGCGGCGAACAAGGAGGGGGAUGUGGAAGAGGUGGAGGUGCCGAAGGAGCUGAGUAUGGGGUAUAAAGAUGAAAUGAACGAGAAGGCGACGGAAAGGAAAGAGAAUCAAAAACAGGACGCGCCGGAACGUGAAGGAAUCAGCCGCCAUCCGAGUAUGACGGAAUCCGAGGCAGCACUUGCGGAGGGGUUUGUGGCUACUGGUCUUGAUGGUACCGAAGAUCCAAAUCAUGGCCCUACUCCUUCGACAUCUACGCCGGCGUACCCUCCCGCCAGACCUGCACAGACUGCCCCUAGACCGACAGGCGACACCAUGCCAAAUCCACCAAGAGCCGCGGUUGCGCAUGCAUAUCCGACUCAAAUGGCACAGAGAGUAUCGAAUGAUGGUGUACCAGUUUGGGUGGAUAGAGCAAUCGGAGCUAUCACAUUCUGCCUUGUAGCUCUGUUCUUGAAGGUCUUGCUUGGAUUUUAAGUUUUAGGAGAGGUUUCAUAUUGGGUAUACAUAUGGACUGGCUACAUGUGGAGUCUGGCGUUCAGGCAUGGAAGCGUCUCAUGCCAAUGAGCAAAUAUUGGAAUAACUCGGAUAAUGUCAAUUUCACUUUAACUUUUGCUGACAUAGAUUGUCGCCCACUUGACACAUUUUCAAUCGUUCGACUUCCCCUCUGGAUUGACCGACAUCUCCACACAUUUUGUUGGCUUCUCCUGCAAACCGAGUCGCUGGGUUAAUGUUCUCUUCUUUAACAGGAUGGUCUGUCUAUCAUUUGAAAGGGUGGCUGAAAACUCCAUACCACAGCAACGUUGGGAUUUGUUUUCAGGGGUGAUCAGACAAGAAUUGCUUAAACAAAGCUGGGAACUAAAAUGCCAUUCCAUUUCGAAGAUCCGUAAGU